AUGCCCACGGGGGACGUCUAUGAGUUCUUACCAUGCGCGCCUUACUCGAAUGCAGGAAGUGUUCUUGGGUAUAAGAAAGUGUACGGAAUGGAUGCAAUAAUGGAAAUCGAAGGCACAUGCAAUGUAGGAUUAGCACAAGCAUUUGCCCCAUACAAACUGCUCGUGUAUCGCGGUCGGUUCAACAACGAUCCUGAAAGAGACGACAAUCACCGGUUUGUGUAUCUCGCGCAGAACAAACCUCGUGAGCCGGCGGUAGGCGAUUGCUUCAUUCGACUUGAAGAGGUACACCACCGUAUGAGAGGCGAUCCAGACUUUUACUAUGAUGAUUGUAGCGUGGCUAUCAACCGAGCCAGAAUCCUUCGAAACAUUGCUAAGGGCACUUCUAAGCAGCAGAGAGAGGGAGCCAAACAGGAGUAUGAACAGAUUCAGCGACAAGGGCGAUCAUUGCUCACAUUCCGCUGCUGGACCGUCGAAGGUAUUCAGUGUUCUACCUCUGAGAAAAACCUUGCUGCUAGGCUCUUCAAAAACCUCAGUUCUGACAAUGAUGACUUGGACCAUGUUCAAGUAUUUCGCGUCUGGGCAGAACUAUUGCGGAAGUCGCAGGGUGAUAAGCUAGCGGCAAAAGACUUUUUUGGUCGCUACUGGGAUGCUGUGAUUCCCCAAGGCUUUCAGAACAUGUUCGAAGACGGGUUCAAGAUUGUUGUGGGAGAAAAAUAUCUCCAAGGUCGGGGCAUUUUCGGCUUCAAUCUCAAUAACAUGAGAGAAGAGGUGUUCCAGGGAGUCAAACGCGUUGUUGAAGCGCCACGCCUAAAGUUCAAACCUACCCUUUCCGUCAACAACGUCGUAUUCCAGAACGAAGCACCCCAGGGACCGGGAUGGGUAAAUCUCGAGGCGCAUCCUGGAGGGCUCUACGUUAUCAUGGUGGACUAUCGAGUACAGCUAUUUCUCUGCAGCGGUUUGCAUGAUAAGCCACUCUGGCAGGAUCCGUAUCCUGAACCUGACAUGCUUCGCGCUGAACAGCUUCAGGCUCUGCUCAAUAGAUGUGGGCAGACAGAGCAGACGGUAACCCAUGUCGAGAAUGUCUAUGUUGACGCCGCGAGAAAUGGCAAGAGGCAGCCGACACAGGACAGGUGUGUAGCUGACAACGGAUUCUCUUCAAACGUGGCCAUGUCCAAAGUCUAUCCCGAAUAUUACCCCGACGCUGCGAAGGCGAAGAGAAGAAGGGUUGCAGAGUGGCUCCAUAGGUCAGCAUUCAGCUAUGGAGGAAUUGAUAGAGGAGUUCUGGCCUCUUCCCAGGUCGCCAACAAUCUGGUCCUCGGUACCCCGGAUACCAACACAGUCAUGAUGAGGUAUGAAGCCUUUGUUAAACGGCUUGCAUUGCACUCGGUAAAACAGAAUGGCGUCAAAACCGAUACAGUGGUCGUCAAGACAGAUAUCAUGUAUCCGUUCCUGCAAGCGCCAUUGCUACAUUGGAUGGCAAACGAUCACCACCGAUAUACUUGGCUAGCACCCAUACUUCUUUACCGCUACGAGAACACCCCGAAUAGUAGACCUCAUGUCGUAGAGAGGCGGGAAUUGUAUCCUUUGAGGAGAGUGAACUCUAUGCUUUUCCAAGCACUUCUCGACAAGUCUUUGGAGUCAAUUUGCUGGAACUGGCCAUGCUGGGACGUUAAUGGUGCCGUGGUGGAAGCGCUCUUAGAGUCUACGGGUGUGGAUGGGGAUCAAGAAGAAAACAACCCAGAAGAGAUGAACGAGUUGCUUGGGCAAGAUCUGGCUCAGCGAGAUCAGCAAGUUUGA